GCAUUGUAGGAAUUGAACUCUCUUGUGGAUUGAAUAGUUUAAGAUAAACAUAUCCUGUUGAAGACACUACUGUUUGUCAAUCGAAGAUGCUCGGUUCGAGUUCGAAGAGCCGGAGAGGGCCAACGGUUCAUGUUGAUUAUCUAAUCCACAUUCAGGAGAUUAAACCUUGGCCCCCAUCACAAUCUCUGAGAUCAGUUCGUUCCGUACUGAUUCAGUGGGAAAAUGGUGAACGUAGUUCGGGGUCUACCAACACUGUUUCGCCUACACCUGGUUCCGUUGCUGUUGAGGGGAAAGUCGAGUUUAACGAGUCAUUUAAGUUACCUGUGAAUCUAAUGAAGGACGUGUCUGUUAAAGGCAAGGAUGCUGAUGUUUUCAUGAAGAAUGUCUUAGAAUUGAACUUAUAUGAGCCGCGUAGGGAAAAGAUUCAGUUGUUAGGUACUGCCAUUGUGGAUUUGGCGGAAUGUGGUAUUAUUAAGGAAACAUUAGACAUUAUCGUUCCGAUGACCAGCAAGAGGAGCAUUAGUAACACUGCUCAGCCAAUUUUAUUUCUUAAAAUUGAUCGAGUUUAUAAGGGUCAAAACAGCACUUCAUCAAGAGGCAGCCUGUCUCAAGAGCACUUGUUGGACAGGAAAGGAAGCGAGACUGUUUCGGUUCUGAUGGAUGAAGAGUAUGCCGAGGAAGCUGAGGUUGCUUCAUUCACUGACGAUGAUGUUUCCUCACACUCGUCUCUUACUGUUUGCUCUUCAACUUUGGAAUCUAAUGGGGGUUCACUUCCUCAAAUUGAAGAGAAUGGAACAGUCAGUCCAAUUGAUUGCAAGGGAGAAGUCGAAGAGGAACAUGCCCCGGCUUCAAAAUCGCACCUGAAAAGAACAAAUGCAGGGACACAGAUCACACAAUUGGAACACUCCAAAGUGACUUCAUUUGAGAGCUCAGUAGAUACUUGUGCUUCUGCAUCUAAGUCUUACAGUACAAUUUCACCUGUAGAAGAUAAUGUUGUUACCAAUAAAGUUCAUUUGUCUUUAUCAUCCUUGGCUAAUGGAAAUACACAGGAUGCAACCGUGACCAGCAUGAAAAGCAAUGAUCAUGAAGAUUUAUCUCAGAAUGCUCAUGAAAUGGUUGCCAAUAAAGGAACCACGGUUACAUAUGAUGUUCAAAGUAAGGAAGGUACAUCUGAUAGUUCUAAGGCCAAAAUGGCAGACUCAGCUAACAGUCCUCAGGUUGCUAAGCGGGAAUCUGGACUUUUUAGCGAUUCUCCGGUUGACGGAGAAGAUGGUGGGAAAGUUCUAAUAAAUGGAACAUUUUCCUCAAAGGAGGCUAUAGCUGCUGAUGAUGAAUAUGAUUGGCAAGAAAAUGGACAUGAAGGUCCAUACUUGGAAGCGAAAAGGUCUUCUACGGGAGAUGAACCAUUGGAUAUUCAUUCUCUAGAAAAUUCUUUAAGCCAAGUGAAUCUUGGAACAAAGUCCAAUGCCCUAAAAAGUGAUAGACUAAAGCAUGUGAAGUCUGUUCGAUCUUCAUCAGAGUCAGUUAGGAACAAUGGGUUGUUUAGCAAUAACCAGCACACAGAAUUGCAGGAAGCUUGUGUUCUUGGGGAUGCACAGCAUGGUCCUGGAACCUUAAUAAACAAAUCAAGCAAUGAAAAUAAAGACGCUAAGGCAUACCCCAAGGAUACUAGAAGUUCCCUGUUGGAUAACAAAGUACAGCAGCUUGAAAACAAGAUAAUAACGCUUGAGGGAGAGUUGAGGGAUGCUGCUGCCAUUGAGGCUGCUCUUUUCUCAGUAGUUUCUGAGCAUGGGAGCUCUAGGAAUAAGGUGCAUGCUCCAGCUCGGCGCCUUUCUAGGCUGUAUCUUCAUGCUUGUAAGGAAGGCUUCCAAUCAAGAAGAGCAAGUGCAGCUAGAAGUGCUGUUUCUGGACUUGCUCUUGUUGCAAAAGCAUGCGGAAAUGAUGUUCCAAGGUUAACAUUUUGGUUGUCAAACUCUGUUGUGUUACGAGCAAUUAUAAGUGAAAGUAUUGGAGAUUUGGAUUCACAACUUUCUGCUGGACCCAUGGAAAGAAAUGGAGGUGAAAAGGAGAAAAAACAUGCAUCAUCUCCAUUGAAAUGGAAAGAAUCCUCUCCUCAAAGAAAGGAGAAUAAACUUAUCUCAUAUGGAAGUUUCAGUGACUGGGAGAGCCCAGUUGCCUUUACUUCAGCCCUGGAAAAGGUUGAAGCAUGGUUCUUUUCCAGAAUCAUUGAGUCUGUCUGGUGGCAGGUAGUACAUUUAACCCCCCCCAAAGAAAUGGAGGUGAAAGAGAAAAAACAUGCAUCAUCUCCAUUGAAAUGGAAAGAAUCCUCUCCUCAAAGAAGGAGAAUAAACUUAUCUCAUGGAAGUUUCAGUGACUGGGAGAGCCCAGUUGCCUUACUUCAGCCCUGGAAAAGGUUGAAGCAUGGUUCUUUUCCAGAAUCAUUGAGUCUGUCUGGUGGCAGAUUCUCGUUAGAUCAUUGGAAGAGUGCUUUCAGGGAUGCCUGUGAAAGACUUUGCCCAGUUCGAGCUGCAGGGCAUGAAUGUGGCUGCUUGCAUUUGCUGUCUAGAUUGAUAAUGGAGCAAUGCGUCGCUAGACUUGAUGUGGCUAUGUUCAAUGCUGUUCUUCGUGACUCUGGUGAUGAGAUCCCUACUGAUCCUGUGUCUGACCCCAUUAGUGAUCUUCUAGUGCUUCCGAUCCCAGCUGGGAAAGCAAGUUUUGGUGCUGGUGCACAAUUGAAAAAUGCGAUUGGAAACUGGUCUCGAUGGUUGACAGACCUAUUUGGUAUCGAUGAUGAAAACGACCAGGGUGGUAGUGGUGACCGACAAGACACCUCUGUAAAGCCUUUCCAUCUCCUUAAUGCAUUGAGUGAUCUCAUGAUGCUUCCCAAGGACAUGCUUCUGAGUAGACCUAUCAGGGAAGAGGUUUGUCCAACAUUUGGUCCAUCAUUGAUCAAGAGAGUUCUUGACUAUUUUGUCCCGGAUGAGUUUUGCCCUGAUCCGGUUCCUGAUGUUGUGCUUGAAGCCCUUGAGGCUGAGGAUCCUGCCGAGGCCAGGGAAGGGUUUGUCGCAAACUUUCCGUAUGCUGCAUCUCCUCCAGUUUAUUUGCCACCUUCAGCAUCAUCUGUUGCUAGCAUCAUUGGCGAAGUUGGAAGCCAAUCCCAGCUGAGAAGAAGUGGGUCAUCGGUCCUCAGAAAGUCAUACACAAGUGAUGACGAGCUCGAUGAAUUGAAUUCGCCCUUGGCUUCAAUCUUCAUCGAUGGCUUCCGGUCAUCAUCUGUUCAAUCAAAGCCUAACUGGAUAUCGAAGGGAAACAACUACCAAAAUGCUAUUAGAUAUGAACUCCUAAGAGAUGUGUGGAUGAAAUCUGAGUGAUUUGUACAUUUUGUUACGUCGAUGAAUGUAUAAAAGGUUGAAAAUGCUUAUGC